GAAAGGAAAAUAAAAAAUGGCGUUGAUGCCAAAGCAGUGAUAAAAGUACCGUAGCGUCCCGCGUUAAAUAUUUUUCAUUAUUUCAUAUAAUAAUAAAAAAUAAAUUGAGUUAAAAAAAAUAACAAUGAUGAUGUUUUUAUUAGAAUAAUGUCUGGCUUGUACGAGUCAGUUAAUUUAAUAAUAAAACAAUUAAAUAAUUAAAGUGUUAGGUAGAAAAAAUUAACAAUACAGGUGGUGAAAUAAAUAUUAUAUUUAUAAAUAAAUAUAUACAAUAGUGUGUGGUGACCCUCCCGGUCUUGUUGGGUUUAACCUUAAAAAAAAAAUAUAAAUAAAUAUAAUAUUUUUUAAAUGAAAAAUAAUAUUAAAAUGGCAGUUGGAACAACAAAAGUUAUUCAAGUAACAAAUAUUGCACCACAAGCAACAAAAGAUCAAAUGCAAACAUUAUUUGGUUAUUUGGGUAAAAUUGAAGAUAUACGUUUGUAUCCAACAAUACGUGAUGUUGCUGUACCAGUACAAUCAAGAAUAUGUUAUAUUAAAUUUCAUGAUCAAGGAAGUAUUGCUGUUGCUCAACACAUGACAAAUACUGUAUUCAUUGAUCGUGCAUUAAUUGUUAUUCCAUAUCAACAUGGUGAUAUACCAGAUGAACAACGUGCACUUGAAUUGACAAAUAAUGGCACAGUUGUACCAGGUAACGUUUUGUUUUCAGGUUUGUAUCCAUCAGAACCAAAAUUACCACCAAAUGUGAUAAAUUCAAUUGAAGGAAUACCACCAAAUCAUGUUAUAACAACACUAGAUCCAAAACUUGAAGCAAAUGGUCUACCAGCAUAUCCACAUCUUCCAGGACAUUUAGAUAGUCGUAGAAUUGAAGAAAUACGUCGUACACUUAUUGUAUCAAAUUUAGAUAUAUCAGUAUCAGUUGAUCAAUUACUUGAUUUUUUUAUUGCAAAUAAUGUUGAAAUAAAAUAUUUACGUUUAUGUACACGAGAUUCAGAUACUGAUCAUUAUGCAUUAAUUGAAUUAACUGAACAGGCACAUGUUGUUACAGCAUUAUUAUUAAAUGGUAAAUUAUUAUCAGAUAAACCAAUUAAAUUAAUUCAUUCAACUCAAUCAAUUGCUAAACCAGAAGCUAAAAGUAAUGAAGCAGCACAAAGAGAAAUUGAAGAAGCAAUGUCACGUGUUAAAGAAGCACAAAAUUUAAUAUCAGCAACAAUUGAUCCAAUGAUUGGUAUGUUAUCAAAAGAUAAACGUAGUCGUAGUGGUUCAAGAAGUAGAAAAACAAGAUCACGUUCACGUGGUAGAAGUCGUCGUUCAAGAUCACGUAAACGUUCACGUUCACGUCAUCGUCGUUCACGUUCACGUCAUAGACGUCGUUCAAGAUCAAGAUCAAAACGUUCACGUUCAAAAGAACGUAAACGUAAAUCACCAUCAAGAAGAAGAAGUACAUCACGUGGACGUCAUCGUUCAAGAUCAAGAUCACAUACAUCACGUUCACAUAGAUCAAAAACACCAUCAAAAGAUCGUAAAAAAAAAACAUCACCAAAAUUAAUUGACAGUCGUUCUAGAUCAAAAAGUAAAGGACCAAAAACAAAAUCAAGAAGAUCAAGAUCAAAAUCAAAAACUAAAUCAUCAAAAUCAAAAUACUCGGAAAAAACAAGAGAACGUGAUAGAGAUAAGGAAAAGGAUAAAGAUCGUGAUAAGGAUAAAGAAAGAGAUAGACGUAGUAAGGAUAAAACAGAUAGUAAUGGAAAAAAAAAUGAUGAUAGAGAAAGAGACAGAGAAAGAGACAGGGGAGAUCGUGAUAGAGGUGGUGAAAAAGAUAAAGAACGUGAUAGAAAUGAUAGAAAUGAUAGAAACGAUAGAAAUGAUAGAGGUGAAAGAGAUCGUAGUGAAAAAAAAACAAAGGAUAGUAGAAGGUCUGAUAAGGAGUCAAGAGAAAGACGAUCAGAAGAAAAAUCAUCAAAGGGAGGAUCAGAUUACAGUGACAGUUUAAAAGAUAAUUAAAUUAACUGUCAAAAUUAAUUAAUCAAUGAAGAAAAUUUCAAACGAAAUAACUCAAUAACUUGGAUUGAGUUGAUGACAAAUUUAGUCUUUUUUUUUAAUCGGUUAAUUGGAAAUUUUACAAAUCAGCUAGUUUUUUUUUUUUUUUUUUUUAUUUAAAAUGAAGAAUAAAUAAAAUAUUUUAUUACUAACCCUUGGCUGAUAGUAUUGUCAAUAUUAAAUUGACAAUAUAAAAAAAAUCAUCAAAAUAAAUCAGUACUUUUGUCACUCUUGUGUGAGUGUUCAUCGAAAAAAAAAUAUAUAAAUUUUUCAUUGUGUGUAAG